CCACUUUCUGUUCUUCAUUUUUCUCAGUUCUGUGUCUUUCUUCAAUGGCGUCAGUUGUUUCUAGAAACUCAAAUUCAAAGCGAUUGCUUGCAGGUGCACCACAAUUAUACUACUCCUGUUGUAGAGGAUCAGUGCCCCAAACCAUAAAUGGAAAUGAUCAUCCGUGGUGGAGAUCCAUGGCUACAUUCACUCGAACAAAACCUCAUGUUAAUGUGGGAACUAUCGGCCAUGUUGAUCAUGGAAAGACUACUUUAACAGCCGCAAUUACAAAGGUCCUAGCAGAAGAAGGAAAAGCAAAGGCUGUUGCUUUUGAUGAAAUUGAUAAAGCUCCUGAAGAGAAAAAGAGAGGAAUCACUAUUGCUACGGCCCAUGUGGAGUAUGAGACGGCUAAAAGGCACUAUGCUCAUGUCGAUUGCCCCGGACACGCUGACUAUGUUAAAAAUAUGAUUACUGGAGCUGCCCAGAUGGAUGGUGGUAUUCUAGUCGUAUCUGCUCCUGAUGGACCCAUGCCACAAACAAAAGAGCAUAUUCUGCUUGCACGCCAGGUAGGUGUACCAUCACUUGUGUGCUUCUUAAACAAGUGUGAUGCUGUUGACGAUCCAGAACUCCUGGAACUUGUGGAAUUGGAACUCCGAGAGCUGCUUAGUUUUUACAAAUUUCCUGGUGAUGACAUCCCUAUCAUUCGUGGCUCAGCUCUGUCUGCACUACAGAGUACAAAUGAAGAACUUGGGAAAAAAGCUAUUCUGAAGUUGAUGGAGGCUGUAGAUGAAUAUAUCCCUGAUCCAGUGCGUCAGCUUGAUAAACCAUUCUUAAUGCCAAUAGAAGAUGUAUUUUCGAUUCAGGGACGUGGAACUGUUGCUACUGGCCGUGUGGAACAAGGAACCAUAAAAGUUGGAGAGGAUGUGGAGAUUUUAGGGCUGAUGCAGGGAAAUUUAAAAUCUACAGUUACAGGUGUUGAAAUGUUCAAGAAGAGCUUGGAUCAUGGACAAGCUGGUGAUAAUGUUGGCCUUCUUCUUCGUGGCUUGAAAAGAGACGACAUUAUGCGAGGAAUGGUGAUUGCAAAGCCUGGAAGUGUGAAAACAUGCAAGAGAUUUGAGGCAGAGAUAUAUGUACUUACAAAGGAUGAAGGCGGCCGACACACUGCCUUCUUCUCAAAUUAUAUGCCUCAGUUUUACAUGAGGACGGCUGACAUCACUGGAAAAGUAGAGUUGCCUGAAAAUGUCAAGAUGGUUAUGCCCGGGGAUAAUGUUACUGCUACUUUUGAGCUCAUGUCUCCAGUUCCCCUUGAUGCAGGACAAAGAUUUGCUUUGAGAGAAGGAGGCAGAACAGUUGGCGCCGGGGUUGUUUCAAAAGUUCUAAGCUGAGGAUUCAUGAUUUAGGUGAUUUUAGGUUCACUCUGGUUUUCUCCCUAGACAGAUUGAUGAAGGAAGACUUAAUUGGUUAAUUGUGGAAAUACAAGACUUGAAAAUUGCUGAUGUAGUAUUUCAUUUGAUGCAAAUAUUUUUUAUUGAAGUGUCAAAAGAAUCCAAGUUUUGUCAAUUGAAUAUACCAGAAAAGGAGUCCACCUUGUCUUACCUCAUAAGUCAUCAGAUUAAACUUGUGCUUAUAAAUCAGAUUUUUUGGUAUUAAUAAUAAUAUAAGCUCUUUGCAUUUAUUUGGAA